UGGUUUGAGGAAAACACACCCACACAUGUUGGGUAAAGUGUCACAGGUUUAUGGCCUUAGUUGUAUAAUGAAAGACACUGUCGUGUGUAUAAUUAAAAUGUCCCAUGUAGUGUAUGGCAGCCAGUCACGUGUUUUUUAUCAGAUUCCCGACGAGGUACUUGCGCCCUCUUUCACCCCGUGUCCACCACAUGUCAUGUUGGUGUCACUGAUGUGGCUUUUUCUCUUGUUUCAGCAGAGCUCUAACAGGAAGGCCAGCAAUAAUGUUCCUCCUACCACUCAGCUGCUUAAAGGGAAGCAGCCCGGUUCCCAGACACCUGUCAAAAAGGACAAGAGGCAGAGCUCCUCCCGCUUCAGCCUGAGCAACAACCGGGAGCUGCAGAAACUGCCUGCUUUCAAAGAUGUUCCCCCUGCCGACCAGGAGAAGCUGUUCAUCCAGAAGCUGCGGCAGUGCUGCGUCCUCUUUGACUUCAUCUCGGACCCGCUGAGUGACCUGAAAUGGAAGGAGGUGAAGCGGGCGGCGAUAAGCGAGAUGGUGGAGUACGUCACCCACAACAGGAACGUCAUCACCGAGCCCAUCUACCCGGAGGUGGUGCACAUGUUUUCUGUGAAUAUGUUCAGGACGUUGCCGCCAUCAUCCAACCCCACGGGGGCCGAGUUUGACCCAGAGGAAGAUGAGCCCACGCUAGAGGCAGCGUGGCCACAUCUACAGCUGGUCUAUGAAUUCUUCCUGCGGUUCUUGGAGUCGCCUGACUUUCAACCAAACAUAGCCAAAAAGUAUAUUGACCAGAAGUUUGUAAUGCAGCUCUUAGACCUGUUUGACAGUGAAGACCCCAGAGAAAGAGAUUUUUUAAAGACCACUCUUCAUCGCAUCUAUGGCAAGUUCCUGGGCCUGCGAGCGUACAUUAGGAAACACAUUAAUAACAUAUUUUAUAGGUUCAUUUAUGAGACUGAACAUCAUAAUGGAAUAGCAGAAUUACUGGAAAUAUUAGGCAGCAUAAUCAACGGGUUCGCAUUACCUUUGAAAGAAGAGCACAAGAUAUUCCUGCUGAAAGUUCUGCUGCCUUUGCACAAAGUCAAGUCUCUUAGUGUUUAUCACCCACAGCUGGCUUACUGUGUGGUCCAGUUCUUAGAGAAAGAUAGCACCCUCACAGAACCGACGGUCAUGGCUUUGUUAAAGUACUGGCCCAAGACCCACAGUCCUAAAGAGGUGAUGUUCCUCAAUGAACUGGAGGAGAUCCUGGACGUCAUCGAGCCCUCAGAGUUCGUCAAAGUCAUGGAGCCCCUCUUCAGACAGUUGGCCAAGUGUGUGUCCAGCCCGCACUUUCAGGUGGCAGAACGAGCUCUGUACUACUGGAACAACGAGUACAUCAUGAGCCUGAUCAGUGACAACGCCGCCAAGAUCCUGCCCAUCAUGUUCCCAUCCCUCUACCGCAACUCCAAGACCCACUGGAACAAGACGAUCCACGGGUUGAUCUACAACGCUCUGAAACUCUUCAUGGAGAUGAACCAGAAGCUGUUUGAUGACUGCACCCAGCAGUUCAGGGCAGAGAAAAGCAAAGAGAAAGCCAAAUGGAAAGAGAGAGAAGAAGCGUGGCUGAAGAUUGAGAAUCUUGCCAAGUCAAACCCACAGUUUCUGAUCUACGUCGACUCGAUAUGCUCAGGCUGUCCGAUGGACAUGGAGACAGACGGGCCGCUGCUGGACGACGUCAACAUGCUGAAGAAAGCAGUAGAGGAGGAAGCCACACAGAUCCUAAAAGAUCAGCGUCGAGAGCGCCCGCUGAUGAGGAGGAAAUCGGAGCUCCCCAGGGACAUCUGCACUGUCACCGCCUUGGAGUUGCACCGGAGGGCCGACGAAAUGUUGACGACACACGACGGCCACUAAGAGACCACCCCCGGAUCCACCGUAAACCAGCAGCAGCAUCCACAGAGGAACCACAUGCGCGCCCCCCCCCCCCCCCCCCCCCCCCCCCCCCCCCCCAGAGGCCAGCACAACAACAGACCUCUGGCCCAGCACAACACAGAAUUGAACAGUCUCAGCUCCACCUGACGCAGGAAAUGUCUAACGCCGCUCGUCUCAGCCUCGUUUAGGCUUUUCGGGACAAGCGGUGCCCCCCCCCCCCCAAACUCCCUCUUUUAUCCGCCUGGUUGUCGGCCGGCAGAUACGUCUGUGGUGCUGGACGGUCCCGCAUGACCAUGACAUGAACUUCACCCGAGAGACUGUAGUGUCCUUUUUCUCUCUUUCCUCCCUCGUUUCUUCUUCUCCUCUCCACUCGUUGUGUUUUCGGGGUGCUGUGCUGCCCCCGUCUGGUCAUUUCUCUCAGGUGUUCUGUGUGUGAGCGGUCUUCUCUUCUUGCCUCUUCUUCACGGAUGUCCAGGUGCUUGUACAAAUAAUAUGAGCCUUGUUCGUUUAAAAAACAAACAAAAAAAAACGCAUCAGUUGAUGAGAAAAUGUCAGUUGUUUCUAUAUAUAUUUAAUAUUAAUUAUUAUUCUCAUAACAGUUCAACUAGACGGCUGUUUAUAUUUUAUUUUUUCCUACAUAGUAUAUUAGGAGCUCUUCCCAGAGUAAAAUACACUUCUUAUCUGUAGACCUGCUCGGUUUGGAGCUUUCUAUUUCCCCCCCAUUAGCUGUGAAGAUUCAUUGGUGGUUCUGUUAACCAGGACCGGGUCAUGCGGGACUACAGUGGGUCUGGAUUAACGGCAAACAGUGCGGGCCCGACAGAGCUCUAAGGUUCUUCAUCCAACAGUUCUUUGCACUUGUGUAGAAGCUUACUUCUCAUUCAUUUAAAAAAACAAAAAACGCUCUUUUUUUAAAUUGUGUCUGCAAUAAGUGAACACGUGCUUGCGGUGCGUGUCGGUGGCUCAAACAAUGGUCAGAUAGUUUAUUACGUGUUCGGAUCCAUUCGAUUGGUUGUCCAGCGCCUGGGGGGGUUACAUGAGGGGGGAUUGUGAGGUUUAUUUCUGGUCAUUAGCAUUCAGUACAAGUCGCUGUCAUUCAUGUGAGGCUCACGAGAGGUCACAGAGACAUAUAGUCGCUCGUGUGGGGUUCAACGCAACGCCGCUGUGUGCCGAGAGAAGUCAAACGGGAGCAGAAAACCGUCCUGAUAGCGACCACUUUUUCUACUCUUCUCAAGCAAGACCCUUUUAUUUAUAAAAACACUCGGUAGAGACUAGACUGCUCCGUAGAUGAGGUGUGUUUGGUUUGAGGAGGUCGAACAUAAGCCUUUCUUUUCACAGUGCCUUUUAUAGUCUAAGGGGAUCAGCCGAGAAUCGAGUAGGAGCAUGAACUAAAAUGCCCGAUGAAUUAAAAAAAAAAACAAAUAAUCGUACCAUUAGUUUCCAAAAAAGACCCGAUGCGUUCAAGUCCGUGCUCGGCACACCUACAGCCGCUCGGACUCCCUACACAUGCCUUGUUGAAGCUACACGGAGAGGAGAAGCAGAGUGGUCGCCCCCAAGCCACUUCAGCGAUGAAGCACUUCCUGAUAAAA